AGAGACAGAGUUUAGAACGCUGAUGAUAAGAAUGUUUCAGGAAUUUAAGGAGAACAGAAAGAAGGAAACAGAAAUCAGAGAAAACAACCUGGUAGAACUAAGGAAUGCAGUAACUAAAGUGAAGAACACACUCGAAAGAAGUGGCAAUAAGAAGCCCCGACCAGUGAACAGAGACCCCUCUGAACUAAGGACAAAGGACACCAUGGCCGCGUCAGUACCACUGCGGAGCCUGGAGGAAGAGGUGACCUGCUCCAUCUGCCUCGAUUACCUGCGGGACCCUGUGACCAUUGACUGUGGCCACGUGUUCUGCCGCAGCUGUACCACUGACAUCCGCCCUGUCUCGGGGAGCUGCCCUGUCUGCCCCCUCUGCAAGAAGCCUUUUAAGAAGGAGAACAUCCGACCCGUGUGGCAGCUGGCCAGCCUGGUGGAGAACAUCGAGCGGCUGAAGGUGGACCAGGGCAGACAGCCGGGAGAAGUGGCCCGGGAGCAGCCGCAUGCGAAGUUGUGCGAGCGGCACCAGGAGAAGCUGUACUAUUAUUGCAAGGACGAUGGGAAACUGCUGUGUGUCAUGUGCCGGGAGUCCUGGGAGCACAGGUCCCACGUGGCCAUUCUGCUGGAGAAGGCGGUCCAGCCCCACAGGGAAAAAAUUUUGAACCACCUGAGUACUCUAAGGAGAGACAGAGACAAAAUUCAGGACUGUCAGGCGAAGGGAGAAGCUGACGUCCAGGCUGUGCUGAGGAAGCUCCAGGACCAGAGGCAGUGCAUCGUGGCAGAGUUUGAACAGGGCCACCAGUUCCUGAGGGAGCGGGAGCAGCACCUGCUAGACCAGCUGGCGAGGCUGGAGCAGAUGCUCACGGAAGGCAGGGAGAAGUACAAGACCAGGGGCGUCGAGGAGCUUGCACGGCUGGCACUGGUCAUCUCCGAGCUGGAGGGCAAGGCCCAGCAGCCAGCUGCAGAGCUCCUGCAGGACUCCAGAGACUUCUUAAACAGGUACCCACGGAAGAAUUUCCGGAUUGAGAAACCCAUUGCUCAAAUGGUUAAAAGAAGGACAGAAGAAUUCUCAGAUAAACUGCUGUCCCUGCAGCGAGGCCUGCGAGAAUUGCAAGGGAAGCUGCUGAGAGACUUGGAAUAUAAGAUGGUGAGUGUCACCCUGGACCUGCAGUCGGCCAGUGGAUACCUGCAGCUGUCGGAGAACUGCAAAUGUGUGACCUACAGUGGCCUGUACCAGAGUGCAUACCUGCACCCCCAGCAGUUUGACUGUGAGCCGGGGGUGCUGGGCAGUAGGAGCUUCAUCUGGGGCAAGGUGUACUGGGAGGUGGAGGUGCAGAGGAGGGAGAGCUGGGCCAAGGAUGAAGAGGAGGGGGACGAGGAGGAAGAGGAGCAGGAGGAAGAGGAGGAGGACGAGGAGUCAUUGGGGGAUGAGGAGGAGGAAGAGGAGGAGGAAGAGAGGGAAGAGGAGGAGGAGGAGGAGGAAGUUCUGGAAAGCUGCAUGGUGGGGGUGGCCAGAAACUCUGUGAAGCGGAAGGGAGAACUCUCGCUGCGGCCGGAGGACGGCGUGUGGGCGCUACGCCUGUCAUCCACAGGCGUCUGGGCCCACACUGAGCCCGAGGUCGAACUCUUCCCGGCGCUGCUGCCCCGGCGGGUCGGCAUCGCCCUGGACUACGAAGGGGGCACCGUGACUUUCACCAACGCGGAGUCGCAAGAGCUCAUCUACACUUUCACUGCCACUUUCACCAGGCGCCUGGUCCCCUUCUUGUGGCUCAAGUGGCCCAGAACACGCCUCCUGCUGAGACCCUGAGUCCCGCCCUGCUGGUGCCUCACUUCUCUGGAAUUCCAGGACUGAAAGGGGAAGGAGAUGCCUGGAGCAGGGCACAGAAGGGACCCUGCAUCCACAACUCCCCUCCCAACUACCGGACCCCUCGAGAGCUCCCUCAGUGCUGUCACUCCAUCCACAUGGCAGUGGCAGCUCUUCUCCCACUUCCUCGGGGUUCCUGUGCAAACCUCUGACCCUGAAGUCCAUGGGCUCCUCCCUCCCUCUGCCCACUGCCUCAGACCCAGCCCCGUGCUUGCUUUGUGAAGUAAGAACCAAGUCAUUCUCUUUCCGGGUGUGGCAUCCCAUGCUUCGUGGUCCUGGGAAAGAUCAGUUCACUGUUACACCCCGGACGUUCUACUGUCCCCAAAUCCCACAGCCUAAACCACUGUGCUGCCUGCCUUCCUGGCACUUUAAACACACCUACUGCCACCCCACUUGGAGUUAAACAUACCUGAAAAUGAGCUGAAUGGAAAUCCAGAGGCUUCCCUGGCCAUUUAAGUCAGGCCCCUGGGUUCCAGCGGCCUCAUGUGUCCAGAGCAGACUCCUGCUCCGCUGAGAGCAGGGCACUGCGUGAGGUUUCCAUUACCAGGAGGCGGGGCUCCAGAGCCAUCUGUGGUCUUGGGGAAGUGAUCUCCAUACCUGCAGCUUUGGGGUACACUUGUGAUCAGUGGUCAAUAACUUAUCUCUGUGAGUUGAUCCUUUUGAGGAGACUAUUUUAAAGAAUCCAGAACACCCUGCUCUUAUCAGUCCAUCUAAAAUCACCAGGGCGAGGGCCAGCCGAGUGGCGCAUUGGUUAAGAGCUGGCUUGGGAUGCCAGAGGGCCCUGGUUCAGAUCCCACAUA